AUGCGAGUUAAAGAUGCGAACCGCGUGUACCAGCGGGCGAAGGAAGAGCUGGAGAAAUCCGGAAAUCUUAAGGGCUCUAUUAAAGAAACCGUAGUGGAGGAGGAGCAAAUAAUGGAGAUCCGAUUUCGAAGACGGUGCCGCAACCCUCACGUAAACCAUAUCGUUAUGCGCGUAGCUCCAAAGCUGUGGCAGCGGGUGACGGCGGAAGGUUCAGUCCACAUUGACCUCAAGCGGUCAACGGUGGAGGACUUCUCGCCGGUCAUCCAAUGUACCCGCUGUCUUGGAUUUGGACACGGUCGACGAAACUGCAAAGAAGCUAAUAGCCUAUGUAGUCACUGUGGUGGCCCUCACCUACGACACGAUUGCCCUCAUUAUAUUGUGGGAGAACAACCAUGCUGCCUCAAUUGCCGGAGCGCUGGCCUGGAGAAAACAGACCAUGGGGCUUUAAGUGCGAGUGUCCGGUCAGGCGAAAGUGGGACUCCAUAG